CAGGUGCUGUCUAUCAGAUGGGCUAUAAAACUGAGGUCCUGAGCACUUGUGUGUAAUUUAGAUCCCGUAUUGCUCUUCAUGACAGCAAGGCUGUUAAGCCUGGAGUCUUGCCUGAAUUCCGGCUCUAAGAAUAUCCUUCCUCCUGAAAUUCCACCUUAGGUUUAUUAUUAUUUCUACUAGGAUAGCGUCUAAGCGCUCUGGCUGAGAUCUGGGCCCUGUUGUGCUAGGUGCUGUACAUCCCUGCAGUAGGAGAGAGUUCCUGCCCCAAAGAACUUCCAGUCAAAAUCAACAAGGAUUUUUGUUCUAUGUCUGUACAGCACCUUGCACAAUCAGAUCCUGGUCCAUGAUUGGGACUUCUAAGUGCUAUCAUAAUACACCUAAUAAAUAAUAAUUGUCCCUAUUUUACUGAUGGGGAACUGAGGCCCAGAGAGAUGCAUGAGUUGCCCAAGAGAGUAAGUGGCAGAGUUAGGAAUAGAACCCAGUUUUCUUCAUGUCCCAGGCCAUCUGCCAUCCUGUUUCCAUUGAACACAGGAUUUCCUGUGUUAAACCAUUGUGUAGUGUUGCUGGGAGGGAUUAUAAAAUGCUGUUCCCCAGAGGUGGCUGGAUGAAAGGAUCUCAGACUGGGAUGAAAACAGCUAUAGAAAUACAUAGCGGGAGGAGCAGCUACUGCGAUAGUUAAUCUUUCUAUUCUAGCCCCCCUCCCCUUCCUCUGGUUUUCAGUGGCUCAUAAGUUCAGCUCCUGUUGAUCUGAAAUGCUGUUUUAUUUAAGAAAUUGUCCGACAUCCUGUAAUUAGAACUUUUAUGCUAGCAAUGCAGCCACUCAAGGGGGCAGAAUUAAGGCUAGAUAUGAAAUCGUAAUUGUGACAGCUGACUUGUCAGUGUGUAACCUGGAAAUGUAAUGUCCUCUUCACUGGUUGUGUGUGUGGUGGGGGAGAGGGCCAGGGUCCCCUCCAAACUCAGCAAAAUGCAUCUGGAAGGAAUAUUCUUCGCUAUUGCCACUAGGGGUCAGCAUUUACAUCAUUCCUUACAAUAGCUGCUGGGGAAACCUGGUCACUAGAUCCUUCCGGAUCUGUGAUCAUACAAAAUCAGGAUGGCAGAAGGGAUGGACUGGUUGAGCAGCAGACGAAAGGACCAACUCGGCAGCAGCAAAGGAUCCGGGGGUUGUCAUGGAUCACAAAUUGAAUAUGAACCAACAGUGCAAUGCUAUUGCGAAAAAGUGUCAGUGGUGUGUGGCAGCUCGCGGCUUCAGAUCACGGUGCUGGUGGAUCUCUUUGGCAACGGUGUGACUGUCUCUACCAGGGAGCUGACGCUGGGGGCUGGCUGUGCUGUGACAACUGUUGGGCCAGAUAGAUUCCAACUAGAAUACCUGCUGUCGGCAUGUGGGGCCACCAUGGAGUUCCUCCCUGACACCAUCCACUACAGAAACUUUCUCCACUACAGACCUUCUGCUGUGAGGGGCGUGAUCCGAGCCAGCGCCUUCUCCCUCCCCAUAGACUGCUUCUACCCAAGGACCAGUAAUGUCUCUUCCUUGGGCCUCCAGCCCACCUGGGUCCCCUUCAGCUCCACCCUAAUGCACAGAUGGCACCUGGACUUUGCCCUUGAUGUAUAUGACAGUACCUGGUUAUCCCCCCUGUCUGAUCCCUCUUACUACCUUGGUGACCUGAUAAACAUCCAGGCAUCUGUGAGAACUGGCAGCCAUGUGCCUCUGAGGAUCUACGUGGAUGAGUGUGUGGCACGGCCAAGUGCAGCAUCUUCCAUGAAAUAUGAGGUCAUCACAGACCACGGGUGCCUUGUGGAUGGGCAGCACAGCCGCUCCCGCUUCCUUGCCCCACGAGGAGACCAGUUCCUCCGUUUCCAGCUGGACACGUUUAUCUUCACUGGUGCUUCCAACAGCCAGAUCUACCUCCUGUGCCAUCUGAAGGCAGUGGCUGCCAGCCCUGCUGACCAGCACAACAAGGCCUGCUCCUAUGACCCAGCCACCACAGCCUGGCACUCCCAUGAAGGAGGCAACUGCUCCUGCUGUGCUUCCCCUGCUGGCUGUGGGAGCAGGAGGCGGCGCCGGCAUCUGCCUCAGGACAGGGAAGGGCUCCUUGGAGAAGCAGACCUCCAGCUUGGCCCCAUCAAGCUGGCCACCAAUUCCUCCAUUACACUGGGCUCCAGCCCCCUCACAUUGGCUUCUACAGAGCCCACCUCUGCCACAGCAGGGGCUGUUGAGCUCUCUUCCACUGUGUCCAUCUCUGGCACCCCUAAAGCCAUCCACCCUGACCUGUUCUCUCCCAAUCGGGCUGUGAACUCCAUUGUGAGAGGGGACAUGAAGGAUUCCUCAGGGCUGCAGCUCCCCUUCUCCGUCACCACCCUGGCCAUUGCAGUGCUGUGCUCACUCUUUGUCUUCCUGGGAAUCCUGGGUUGCUACUGCUCCACCAAGCGCUACCACAGAGGAUACCGGAUGGGUGCCGUUGAUGCUGCCUUGGGGGAGUCUGGUGCUGUCGCCAUGGCACCCACAGCCACUGGGGACUCCAAUGUAGCCUCUAAGAAACCUGGUGCUGUGGUGGCUGCAGCCUGUGGGGAGUCUGGCUCUGUAUGAAACUCCAGUCGCCUCCUAAUAAACAAAUAAACCAACCA